AUGGAUCUCGUGGAUUGGCUGACGUCUUUUCUCCCCAGUCCUCGAAGCUGUCAACGUCGGAAUCGAGAGGGCGCAGGCCUGCACGCAGAUCUUCUUCUUUAUGCUCAGGAACAUUUUCGCGGCGUCUGCGAAGUGCUGGAGUCCGUUUUUCUUGAUCAGGCCAACGAGGUCAUGCCGUUCCCCUGCAGCCUCGUCGUGGUGCACUGGGAAAGCAAGACACUCCACCUGAAUCGCUGCAGUCCCAUCAUCGCAUCGGCAACACGAAUUCUGGCUGCAUCGGACGAGCAGGGCAAAGUCGUGUUAGACGACAUUCUGAACAUGAUGUGGUGCUCCGGGCAAUGGCCCACUCCACGAGGAAAUCUUCAUCCGACUUGUCUCAUGUGCGGGAGACUCGUCUGUGGCCCUCACAAGCAGAUGGUACAGAGUUUGGAAGCUGGCCCUGUCAGGCGACUGCAGGACGGGACUUCUUUCCUCAGGCUCAAUCCGGGUCGGAUGUGCCGGCGCAUCAGUGGCCCAUGGGUCUUACCAGAGGCGCCGGCGGAGCCGGCUCCCUGGCUGCCGAAAGAGACUGGAGCAUUGGUUUCUGCAGUGCGUUCCUGUGGCCACCUGGGUUGGACGGCUGUUCAGCAGCAGUUGGAAAGCAAAGGCUUCGCUCGAACCGACGUCCAAUGCCAAGUGCAAUGGAGACAGGUGUCUCACCCGCUGUCGGCAACGCAUCUCAUAGACUUGAGUGCCGCAGAUGAGACGAAACUGCGAGAGACUGGAGACGGUACUGUAGGACGGAGGUGGCAGUGGCGAGACGAAGCAAUCGAUGCAGAGAUGCAGCUGCUUUUGUCUUCUGAUUCCGAGCGCGUCGAGCUGCAAGAGCUGGGCACGGGUCUCAUUGUAUUCUCACCACUUCUUUCUUGCUACCUCUCCUCUGCAUCGAUUUCAUUCCCGCCGUCAACGCUGCUACCAGAGACAAUCCAAGAAGACUUUCUGAUCGGGCUCUCGGCCUUCUUUCGCACGCCGAUGAUUGAUCGCACCGGAUUGCUGAACAAGGACUGCAGCUUGCGUUUGACAGUCCUGGAGCCCAUGCCAGACAAAGACCCGAGCUUCUGCACGCCUCUUGGCGCCGUGAUGGAUGGUCGUGCCAAGGAGCUAAUCGAGCGAGCGCAGGCACAGCGCUGCCAACUGGAGGUCCUGUGGAGCGGAGGCAUUGAUUCGACAUCGCUGCUUGUGGCACUGUUACGAACACUGUGUCCCGACUGGCGACCGUGGAAGCCUAAAAGUUCUUCGCAAGGAGAUCCGAGAUUUCUUGAGUUUCCUGGCAUUGUCGUUCGAUGCAGUGCUGAUUCCAUUGCAGAGUAUCCCUGGUUCCACGAGAACGUGCUUCUCCCGCUGCAUGAAGCUGGUGCCAUUGCCAUGGAGCCCAUGGCAGAUGCAGAGGAAGUGUCCAUGCUGUGGGAAGCACCCUCGUCCCGAAUCACAGUCACCGGAGAGUGUGGAGAUCAGAUUUUUGGAUCUCAGCUACUUGAAGCUGCCUUCGUCGAGUCUGAGCUUCGUGCGUUGCACGAGCAUGGCCUGGAUGCGGCCUGGGAGGACACCGUGCUACAUGCGCUUUUGGACAUGGGCAUCGUGAGGCUGGACUGCAAAGAGCGAUGGCUUCGUUGGUUCAGGCCUUUUGUGGAACGAUGCCCUCUUCCAGUCUGCUCUGCGUUUGAUUUGCUUUGGUGGCUGAACGUGAGCUGCAAAUGGCAGACCGUCUGCCUCAGGCUUUUCCAACGUCGACCUCAGCUUCGUUCAUCUGACUUGGAGAGACUUGCACACUUCUUCCAGACGGAGGAGUUCCAGCAAUGGUCCUUCGUUCCUGAGAACCAUGCAGCCAAGAUGAAGGAUCACAAGAAAUGGUCAACAUACAAGCAGCCGUUGAAAGACUACAUUCUGGAGUUUACCCAGGACCGGGAGUAUUGCGACAGCAAGCUCAAAGUGGGAUCUCUCUGCCAGGUCAACGAUGCCAGCCGAUUCGUCAUCAUGGGCAUCGACGACAAGUUGAAUGUACUCAGAUUCGGACAGACUUGCUUAAGCGCUCGCCAAAUGGACAGGAGGUAUCCAGACCGCGCUUUGCAAAGAGCGUUUCUGAGAAAAACAGCUGCAUAG